UUGAUGAAACGUAGCUCCACCCCGGUUAGUUACGUAACGCAGGAGGUUGCUGUGGUAGCAGUGAGCGCCAUGUUAGAACAGACUGGAAGUGGUUAGGCGGGAGCUUCCGGUUAGGGUAGCUCAUUGUUGUUCGUCGAAACCGGUUACUAGCAGAGGGGAUACUCCUCUUCUGCCGCCUUCCUUCGGAGUAUCAUGCCCUGCUGCUGCGGGCUGGGAGGGUGACAAUGCCGUUUCCUCUUGCAAACCAGGGAUCACAGCAGUCACAGAAAACUUAUGGCAUUACUUCACCUAUUAGUUUAGCCACACCGAAAGAUACUGAUUGUACCCUCACGCAAAAACUAAUCGAAACUUUAAAACCUUUUGGAGUUUUCGAAGAAGAAGAAGAGUUACAACAUAGAAUUUUAAUUUUGGGGAAAUUAAACAACUUAGUAAAGGAAUGGAUUCGGGAAAUCAGUGAGCUCAAGAAUCUUCCACAGUCUGUAAUAGAAAAUGUAGGUGGAAAGAUUUUUACCUUCGGAUCGUACAGAUUAGGUGUUCAUACUAAAGGUGCUGAUAUUGAUGCUCUCUGUGUUGCACCAAGGCAUGUUGAUAGAAGUGACUUUUUUUCCUCUUUUUAUGAAAAGUUGAAGCAGCAGGAAGAAGUCAAAGAUUUGAGAUCUGUUGAAGAAGCAUUUGUACCAGUCAUUAAAUUGUGCUUUGACGGGAUAGAGAUUGAUAUCCUGUUUGCAAGACUUGCACUGCAGACAAUACCUGAGGAUUUAGACCUCCGAGAUGACAGCCUGCUGAAAAAUUUAGACAUACGAUGUAUACGUAGUCUAAAUGGUUGUAGAGUGACUGAUGAAAUUCUUCAUUUAGUACCAAACAUAGACAACUUCAGGUUAACUCUCAGAGCAAUCAAAUUAUGGGCCAAACGUCACAACAUCUACUCAAACAUACUUGGUUUUCUUGGCGGUGUUUCAUGGGCUAUGUUGGUAGCAAGAACGUGCCAGCUGUAUCCAAAUGCAAUUGCAUCAACUCUUGUUCAUAAAUUUUUCCUAGUGUUUUCUAAAUGGGAAUGGCCUAAUCCUGUACUACUUAAGCAACCAGAAGAGUGCAAUCUGAAUUUGCCUGUCUGGGAUCCUAGGGUGAAUCCCAGUGAUCGAUAUCACCUUAUGCCUAUUAUCACACCAGCCUACCCUCAGCAAAAUUCUACCUACAAUGUGUCUGUAUCAACUCGCGCAGUUAUGGUUGAAGAGUUCAAACAAGGCCUGGCCAUUACAGAUGAAAUCUUGCUUGGUAAAGCAGAGUGGUCCAAACUUUUUGAUGCUCCCAACUUCUUUCAGAAGUACAAGCAUUAUAUUCUACUUCUUGCAAGUGCACCAACAGAAAAGCAGCGGCUAGAAUGGGUAGGCUUGGUAGAAUCAAAAAUUCGUAUUCUUGUUGGAAGUUUAGAGAAGAAUGAAUUCAUUACACUGGCUCAUGUUAACCCUCAGUCAUUUCCGGCACCUUCCGAGAACACGGAAAAGGAAGAAUUCCGUACAAUGUGGGUCAUAGGGCUGGUGUUUAAGAAAAUGGAAAAUUCAGAAAACUUGAGUGUUGACCUAACUUAUGACAUUCAGUCUUUCACUGACACAGUGUACCGGCAGGCCAUUAACAGCAAAAUGUUUGAAAAUGAAAUGAAAAUUGCUGCAAUGCAUGUCAAGAGGAAGCAACUUCAUCAACUGCUUCCAAGUCAUGUGCUCCCCAAAAAAAAAAAGCAUUCGGUUGAAGGUGUUAAACUGGUAUCUUUGAAUGACAGCAGCAUUGAUUUAUCAGUGGACAGUGAUAACAGCAUGUCUGUGCCUUCUCCUACCAAUGCCACAAGAACAAGUCCGCUAAAUUGUUCUGGAUUAAUUCAAGGAAACAGCCCAGCAACACCAGUAUCCUUUUCUGUGACCAACACCCAGGCUGCUGAUGUAAUGGCGCCACAGAAUAAUUCCACUGAAAAUUUAGGGGGUAGUUUAAAUGAAAGCAUUCCUGAAACUGCCACACCCCCAGCAUUUUCUUCUACUCCAAGAACUUUAGUGACCCGAGUUGUUUCUUCUAUGCGUUUGGUGAACCAAGUGCAAAAGCCUGUCGCAAAUACAGUGACAAAAUUGCCUAGUCCAGUAGCAGGUGUGAAAAGGACAUCAUCUCCUUCAAAUGAAGAGAGCCCUAAAAAAACCAAAACAGAGGAGGAUGAAAAUGAUAGCAGUAAUUCCACAGAGGUAGAUGAACAGAAUAAAUUAGAAACUGAAGAACUAAAGGAAGUACUAAGUGAAGCAAAAUCCUCUUCUCCUGUUCCAGGUGAACUGCCAUCCUCUCAGCGAUCAUCAAGUACAGAUCUGUCUGAUAUUUCUGUGCUCCCUGCUACUCCUAUUCCUGUUAUCAAGAAUUCAAUAAAGUUAAGACUGAAUCGAUAAACUCAGUCACCUCAGGGUCCAUAAACAAUGUCCACCAGUUCAGCUAUUUUUCUGCUGCAAGGUCUAAGAAUGGCGGGAUGUAGCAGGACACGCCACUGAAAGUUUAGGCUUAUAUUAUGAAGGUGUCCUGGGCUACAUGCAGCCUUUCUGGAAGUCCAGGUUAGUAUGAUGAGAAUAAAUGCUUAGUGCUAUUAAUGUGUUGGCAGCAAAGACAGUUUGAUUAAACUAAAAGAGACUCUGUUCCCUUUAAAGAAGAGAUGACAAAUAUAACUGCAUUUCUGUUUGUGUUAAACAUUCUGACUGAAAUAAUGGUUUAUGUACAUUUGCAAAAUACAACUGGCCUAAAAUCUUUCAGCUGAUGCACUUUUAUGUUUUAUUUUAACAGUAGUUAGGAACUUUUUAGAUUCCUUUUAUUUUAAUUUCUGACUUAAUUCAUUUCUGGAGGUCUGCAUGAUGGAUCACAACACUGGAAGAAUAUUUUCAAGAGUUGAAGCUGUGUCUUAAUGUCACAAAGAGAUCGUUAUUUUAGAUCUAUCAAAAUAAUUAUUGGGGGUUCUCUUUACAUCUAGGUUUUUAAAGGGUUAUGUUUUGGUUAUACAUUGUGAUGGAUGGGUUUUUUUUCUUUUUACAAUGUUUUCAUUAUUCCAACUCAUUUACAAAAGCAGUGUCCUGCAAAUGCACAUUUCCUUAUAGAUUUAUAGUUCUCUUCGGGAGCAAAACGCAUCAAUAUAAGCUGUUGUAUUCUGAUCAACAAGACUGUCCCUUUUUGUUAACAGUUAUGCUGUAGAGUAUAAAGGCCUUUAUCAUCACAUUAAUAAGAUGGCAGACUAGUCAUAUAUAUAUAUAUGUGUAAAGCUAUAACCAUGUAUUUUACAUGGUAUUUAUAUCUGGAGAAAAAUCUUGCAAUUAAUUACAGUUUUUAUUUAAGAUUGUUUUAGAAUGCUAGGUAAGUGCUGGUGAAUGUGCAUUUUGCACAAUAACAACAUGAAUAGCCCCUCAGCUGUAGCAUUAACCCACUUCACUCUUCCGUCUUCUGGUUUACCCGAACUGCUCAAAAAUUUGGCUUUAGCAAGGUAAAAGGGGUACCAGUGUCUGUAGCAAUGUUAGGAGAGGGAAAGAAGGGGGGAUACUUGGGAAGCUGACAAUGAACUUUAGCCAAUUCUUAAAUAACCUGUUAUUACUCCCCUUUUCAGUUUCAUCGCAUUUCACAUCAUCUCAUGUGUACAGUUUCAGUGUUGAAGUUUAAAUCAACUAUUUGAAAAUGUCCCAAUGUAUAUUUCUAGAACUAGUGUGUUUUAUGGACUUACACUCCUCCACUGAUACUACACAGAAGGAACAAUGCAAGUCACAAGUGUAUUUUGUGUAGUAAUGCAAUUUAGGGCCAUGAUGUAAGACACAGAAUGAGUAUAGUCCUCUGUUUACACACACAGGUAUUUGUAGAUGCCCCAACACCCCUUUCUUACUUAAAUUUGUUCCAUAUUAGUUAAGCUAGAUUCUUUGACACAUUUGGCUUUUUUUCCCCUGUUUCUUUCCAUGUGGUGACUUUUUAUCUGUAGUUUUCAUUAUCCAGGGAUCAGACUGUUGCUUUCGCAUGAUGUACGUAUUGUCUCAUGACUGGAGUUUGCUUUGUUUUAUAGUACCUGUACUCCUUGUAUUUUUCAAGAUCUAUUUUGUAAACAGAUGUAUUUCUCCAUUGGAAAAAAAAAAUAAUAAAAACCAGCACAAUUCCAUGGUGCAACUCUUUA